AUGUCUCACAGAAAAUUCGAGGCACCCAGACACGGCUCUCUUGCCUUCUUGCCUCGCAAGAGAGCUGCCCGCCAUAGAGGAAAGGUCAAGAGCUUCCCCAAGGAUGACCCAAAGAAGCCUGUGCACCUUACUGCCACCAUGGGCUACAAGGCUGGUAUGACCACCAUCGUCCGCGAUCUCGACCGUCCUGGCGCGAAAUCACACAAGAAGGAGGUUGUGGAGGCAGUCACUGUCAUUGAGACACCACCGGUGAUCGUUGUUGGUCUAGUUGGUUACAUCGAAACUCCUCGAGGACUCCGAUCCCUUACUACCGUCUGGGCUGAGCACUUGAGCGAUGAGGUAAAGCGCCGAUUCUACAAGAACUGGUACAGAAGCAAGAAGAAGGCUUUCACCAAGUACGCCAAGAAGCACUCCGAGAGCUCUGGAUCUUCCAUCACUCGUGAACUCGAGCGCAUCAAGAAGUACUGCACCGUCGUCCGUGUCCUCGCCCACACCCAGAUCCGCAAGACCCCUCUCAAGCAAAAGAAGGCCCACUUGAUGGAAAUUCAAAUCAACGGUGGAAGCAUCGCUGACAAGGUCGAGUUCGGUAACGGUCUCUUCGAGAAGCCAGUCGAGAUCAGCUCCAUCUUCGAGCAGGAUGAGAUGAUCGAUGUUAUCGCUGUCACCAAGGGUCACGGUUUCUCUGGUGUCACCAGCAGAUGGGGAACCAAGAAGCUUCCGAGAAAGACACACAAGGGUCUCCGAAAGGUUGCUUGUAUUGGUGCCUGGCAUCCUUCCCACGUCCAAUGGACUGUGGCCCGUGCCGGUCAAGACGGAUACCACCACCGUACCUCGACCAACCACAAGGUCUACCGUAUUGGAAAGGGUGAUGAUGAGGGUAACGCCGCUACCGAGUUUGAUGUCUCCAAGAAGCAAAUCACUCCUAUGGGUGGCUUUGUCCGCUAUGGUGAGGUCAAGAACGACUUCAUUAUCGUCAAGGGUUCCGUUCCUGGUGUCAAGAAGCGUGUCAUGACUCUCCGCAAGUCCAUGUUCGUCCACACCUCAAGAAAGGCAUUGGAGAAGGUCGACCUCAAAUGGAUCGAUACCUCCUCAAAGUUCGGUCACGGUGCCUACCAGACUCCUGCAGAGAAGCACGCUUUCUUGGGUACGCUCAAGAAGGGCAUUCAACCAGCUGCUUAA